AGAGCAAAUUUUCAAUAGCUAUCGGUACUGUGGUGUUUGGCAGGUGAUAUUGGUGUUGUUUGGCCUAGGGGAUUUACGGAUUGCUGAUUGCGAAAUGAGUAUAGUAAAGUUUGAAAAAUUGUCACUGUCGAAGUCGAGGGUUAAAUAUUGUUCAGUGAAGUAUAUGCAUGCAGGUUUUCGGAAAUGAUAGAUUAUAUUUUAGCUGAAAGUUUGGUGAGGUUUCAAUACAUUCAAGUCGGUCAUCAGACAGUAAUGAUAAAUGGUUGGCCUACUAUAAACUCUACAUCAAUACCAGCAUUUUUCCGGUCACUAGAAAACACGUGUUUUGACAACGACAAGUUAUGCAUUAGAUUGUCUUACUUAUCUCUGAGGUAGAUUUCUGUAAGAAGUAACCGUGAAGUAACUUGUUUAUUAUGAUUGGUGUUUACGGCAUAUCAGACACCGACAAAAUUGCUCAAGUUGUUUGUUCAGUCGUGAGCCUUAUCAAACUUUUCGAUUAGCAGGACUAAUAUUAGAGGUCCAGACAUAAAAGGGUAUCCAACAAAUUGUUUGGCAGUUCUCACUAUUUUAUGGAGUGUGUAAUGCGCUAGUUCAGCUGUUUUUUUGUAGUCACUAAAAAAGAAUCCUAACUUCAUGUAACUGAGGUAGGUAAGCGAUAGACGUCAGUGUGGAAACAUUUAAUUUACGUAUCAGUCCCCAAUUUAUACCAGUAAUUCCUGGCCUUUAUUAUUAUUGACUGUGAAUUCUAGCUGUCGAAACCGAAUAACUUUCUCCUUUGUCUGGCUGCCAUGGCUUUUCUAAAAAUAGUUGCGUUUAGGAAGUAAAUGUUUGUUUUCCCUCAAGAACUAAACAAUCGACAUGUAAAUGGCAAGUACUGAGUCUUGGUCGAAGUUAUGUUGAAUAGAUUUAUCCAAAAGUCGCUUGAGUACGUUUUAUCAUACGUCUUUUUUGUUUCAUUUCUUUGGAUAAUUUGUGGGUCAUUAAGACUGAGCAACCACAUUCUUGCAUAUAUGGCUGUUAUUUUCCAUUUAUUUGAAAGCCAAUUGCAUUAGCUAGUUGCUCAGACUAGCGGCGCAAUAAUUGAAAGCCAAUUCAAAACCAUCGUUUCAACUUACAUCUUGAAGUAUCUGUUAUUACCUUCAACUAUUCUUUUGCUUGAAGUUAUGGUGAAAAGUAAAAAAGACUUUCAAAAGGUUCGAGUUAAAGUUGGACGGAAAUUAAAAUGCCGAAACGAGACAGUAAUCAAUUUGCAGAAGAAGAGAAUAAUCCUUCCUAAAGAACGUGAAAUUUGCAAGAUACAAGGGGAUGAAACUAGUGUUCGGAUCUUUGAAGGUUCUAUUCAUUCAUUAAACAUUGAGGAUAGUGCUCUUCGCCAGUCCGCUUUACGGGCUCUCAAUCGUCUCUUGGAUCCACUGGCAAAAGGAAUAACCACAAUUCCAUUUUUAGAUAAAAACGUUUUAUCUCUAUCCAGCAACUUUAUAUCAAAAGUAGUCGAUGAACAUCAGAAACUGUUGGGUUCUACUGUAAAUACAGGGUGUGAUAUUCAAAUAGGAAACUUAAUAUUCGUACUUGGGCGAUUUUGUAGACGAGUUGAUGACCCUCGCUUCUGCGAUGAGAUUUGUCAGCUGUUCGUUAAGAUUGUACAAAUAGCAUAUACUCACCCAAAGAUAUCAGAUAUAAUAUUCGAAUUGGAUCAGGUUGUUCUUAAUCUGUUACACAGAAGUGAACUAGUUUGGAAAUUUCUCGGAUGCCAGCUCUCUGCUUAUACAUUUGGUCUACAUUGUAGGUUAACAACGACUAUGAGCAUAUUGUAUCAACCAUCCAACCGAACAAAAUCAGUUUAUUCAGGAGUUUUCGAUUCACUUCAACAAUCAAUACGUUUUCGAGCUUAUUCUAAUCUUAUGAUUCAAUGCUAUAAUAAUUUAAGACAAAAUCGCACUUUCAAAACUUUAUCGAAGUAUCGUGCAUAUUUGGUUCGAACUACCAUGGUUUAUUUGAAAGAUAAUCAAUAUACGAUGUCUCUGAGUUAUUCUCAAAGUCAUCAUCCUUGGUUGUACUCUUUACCGUAUUUUUCAAACGAAUAUCUUCAACUGUAUAUCCCUUUGAAAGGGUAUUAUCUCAAGGAAUUGAUUGAUUUCCAUCCUACAUCGCGUACUUUUGAUUCUGGUUUAUUCAGUGUUGUCAAACAGUCUCUAAUAUUCCCUUCCUCAAUUAAAAACAUUGUCGUGAAUAAUAGAAAUUAUCAGCAUAAACGGAGUGAGAAAAAUCAAAGGAAUUUUACAAGCAGAGAGAUUUCCGACAGUUCUUCGAUUGCUUAUACUCCAACCUGGUGUCAAGAGGACUACGAUGACCAGGUUAUGAUACAUGGCUUGAUUGGUGAAGGCUUGAUUCUAUUGGAUGAACUAAAUGAAAAUCCGAAUGAGGAAGUAUUAAGCAGCCUGUACUAUCUUCUUCGUGCUUUGCGUGUUGUCUUCGAAACAAAAGAAGUUAGUUUUUUCACUUCUCAUUCUAGUGUGAAACGUGAUUAUUCCGGUUGGAGAUUGGAUGUAAAUGAAAUUUCACCAGAUUUAUCCACAUCAUUGGAGCGUUUUUUGGCCAAAUUUUAUUCAAUCUACCCAUUACAAUUAUCUCCUGAUUCUUCAUUACUUAUGUACAUAAAGUGUAAUAAACAAAAGUCACAAAAAAUUAAAAAUAAUCAAAUUGGAAAUGCUGCAUUUCUUUUAAACUCAAACAAUGGACAAAAAUCAGUUAAUUUAACUAGAAAACAAUUUAAGCAAGAACGUAAACGUAGAAAUAAACAAUUGAAACGUCAGUUGAAAAAUGCUAUUAUUUCUGGUGUUACUGAUGAUAAUAACAAUAAUAAUAAUAUUGACAACGUUGAUGAUCAUAGUGAUUCAACUGUUGUCGACUAUGAUCAUUCAACUUCAACAACUAAUUCCAAUGAUUAUUCUACAAAUAAUACGUUCAAUUCUAUCCGAAGAAUUAGUAAUCCCUCUACAAAGGGUAACCUGAAUAAUCAAAUAUUGUUUUGGAUUCAACUAAUCAAUCAAUCAGCUUUUGAACUAUUCACUUACAUUGAAUAUUAUUCAUUUAGAUGCUCAACAGCAAAUCAUCACUCUCCAUUUCUAUGGCCGCCACCAGAGAAUACUCAAGAGCGGUUAAUCAAGUUGUGGUUUAACCAGUUAUCAAGUUUUGAUCUAUCUAACGCGACAACCGAGUUUUACCAUGAAACCAGCUGUUGGUUGCGUUCAUUUGAUUUGUAUUUGCUGUCACCUUACCGUUUUAAAUGGAAUGUAGAUAUAUCAACGCGAUUGUUUGUUUCACCAGUGAUAGUUUUCUUGGGGCAACUUUUCCAUCUAUUCGCUAUUAAUAAUUCUGUUAAUGGUGAUAAAUCCCUUAGUAAAAGAGAACAUUAUUUAACUGGUCGUUGUGCUGGUCUAUUAACUACUGUCUUAACAAGAGAAUUACUUCGUCUUAAUGAACAAAAACCUGAAUCAGAGAAAAAUUUAAAUGAUGAUGAUGAUGUGUCGGUUGGUAUGGAUGUUGAAUUCAAUUCUCAUGGAGUGGAAUACAAUGAAAUGUGGUUAUGGAACAAAUUACAUAAUCUGUCAGAUGAAAGAAUUAAAUCUCUGCAUGGAUCAAUAUUUCCCACUUUCAUAAAUUAUUUAGUUCAAUUUUCAUUGAAUCAAUCUCCACGUAUUUGUUAUGCUCCCCCAUUAACUGAAGAAACAGUAAAUAUUAUACGAAAUCAAUAUCCUAGUUGUAAUAUUUCCAUUGGUAAUCUUAAACAAAUACAAAUUGUAGAUAGUACUUGGACAGCUUGUCUUCUUCAACUCUAUCAUGUCAAAUAUUCACUUGCUGUAAAAUAUGUUCGUGAGAAUAAAGAAUUGUGUACAAAAUUACAUCUCACUGAAACAUAUUUGGAUAAUUUCACUAUGUUGAGUGUUUUAAAUGAAAAACUAAACGUUCAAUAUGAUACACAACUUUUGAAAGAUCAAACUGGUUGGCUUGUUCCUGGAUUUCUACCAAGAAUCACAGAUGGUCGGUAUACAUGCCCAGUUUUUUGGCGUCCAUUAAAAGAUAAUCGGAACAAAAUAUUGCCUUUAUUGUGAUGUACAUAAACUAUAUUUGAUGAUCUUUGUUUUAUAUUCAUUCUUGUAUAUAUAAGAUCAUCCACUCUCGAAUUUUGUGUUUUUAAGAAUGUCUUCUGUAAAGAAUACCAGACAUGCCUUUUUAUCUACGGUAGGAAACCAGUCAACCAACUGUUGAGUAUAUAGUCGCAUUUUAUCCAGUCGCUUGUCGAAUUUACAGCCACAAGUUCAAAAUUAUUUUUAUCUUUCGCACAUUCACUACGAUUUCUAUCUAACCUUGUACGUAAAUUUUUAAAUGAUCAUUAAGCCAU